AUUCAAUAAACAAUAUGUCCGGAAACACAGAAGAAGCUGCCCGUUUCAAAAAGACGGAACAAGUCGUUGGCGGAGGCGAAAACAAUAAUACAGUUCCAAACUAUAACGAGCAAGCUAUGAAAAAUGCAUUCGCUGGCACUGAACAGAAUCAAACACAAGAACCACGUCCAGCAAAUUCAGCGAUUGAACGUGACCUCCAAGAACAGGGAUACACAACACGCCAAUCCGAUGAAGCCUUGGACGAAUAUAAAGAGAUGGAGAAAAAGUUGGAAAAUCGUGCAGGUGCAAAUGCAAAUUGAGGCUGUGUGAAGAGUGAAUUACUGUCAUUGUGGACGUCAAUAUUGUAUCGAUUCAUGUUAAGUAAAGUCUUUUGACGACCCUAAAGGUAUAGCCGAAGAGGUUGCAACGGCAAAAACGCAAUCAUCCGUACGCAUUUUGCGGUCGUUCUCUUUUCAACCAACAAAAGUUUACUCUCUGUAGGCGCCUAAUUCUUGGCAAGAUACACAUUUAAAUGGCAUUAAAUAGAGGUCUAAUUACCCUUGUCUUUCACGACGAUGAAAAAAAUGAAAGCAUCUCUACUGCUUCUUGUCAUUC